GCUUACAAAACCCAGGUGCGGAUUGACAACGAGCCUGCUUACUUAGACAUCUUGGACACUGCCGGUCAGGCAGAGUUCACGGCCAUGCGGGAGCAGUACAUGCGUGGGGGCGAAGGCUUCAUCAUCUGCUAUUCUGUUACUGACCGCCAGUCAUUCCAGGAGGCUGCCAAGUUCAAGGAGCUUAUUUUCCAGGUCCGUCACACCUAUGAAAUUCCCCUGGUGCUGGUGGGUAACAAAAUUGACCUGGAGCAGUUCCGCCAGGUCUCUACAGAAGAAGGCACGAAUCUUGCUCGAGAAUACAGCUGUGCCUUCUUUGAGACCUCUGCAGCCCUCCGAUUUGGUAUUGAUGAUGCUUUUCAAGGCUUAGUGAGAGAAAUUCGCAGGAAGGAAUCCAUGCUGUCCUCGACGGAAAAGAAAUUAAGGAGGAAGGACAGCCUGUGGAAGAAGAUAAAAGGCUCGCUGAAGAAGAAGAGAGAAAGCAUGACAUGAUACUUUGCUUCUGUGUCCUUCCCAUCUCUCUUUCUAGAUUUUAUCAACUAGACAGUUGUUCCUCUCCUUCCCUUCCCCCGCUCCUCUCAAUAGCUACCUGCAGGCAAAAAUUAGACUUCUAUAACUGUGGGUCUUGAGAUAGUUUUAUUUUGCCUUUAACAGCUGGAUAGAUUUUUGUCAAUCAGCUGGAUAAUGCUAUUUAGAUUUUACAAUGUAUUACCAAAUAAAAUUAACAUUCCAAUUGCCUCA